GUUUUCAGAGAUGAUGUACUUUUUUAUGCAUGCACCAAAAAAAUUGAGAUGUCAAGUACUGAAGUUCUUCUGCAAGCAACAAGUCUCGUGAAUGGCUCUAUCUCAUAUUUCUCCCAUCACAUUCUACGAGGCAUGUCGGUUGAUAAUUGGCCGAGAAGUGGAUAUCGUUUUUGGUUUAGCACCUUCUCUCCGGUCCAAAAGCACGAGUGGGAGCCUCCACCUUGAGGACAAGGGAUAAUAUUUCUCUUGAUGUUGUUGUAAAUGGUCUCAAGAGUAAGGAAUUAGAGUUGAAAAAUUCUAAGAGUGAUAAAAAUUCUGGGGAGGUUAUGCAUGUGAGGGGUAGAACCUUAAAUAAGUUUCAAAACCAUAAACAUGCUAACAAUGAUAACUCAAAUGUGAGAAAAUUCAACCAGAGAAGGGGUAAGUCUAGAUCCAAAUCUAAAACAAGAAAAUGCUACAAUUGCAAUGAAUAUGGUCACCUUAGUAAUAGUUGUUCUAAGCCUAAGAAAAUUCAGCAAAAAGAUCAUGCUAAUAUGGCUAGUGAAUCAAACAACUUUGGUGAUGUGUUAAUGAUCAAAGAUUAUGCUUAUUUGAACUCUGUGUUAUCGGAUUAUCUGUGUGAAUCUGAUUGGCUAAUUGAUUCUGGUUGCACCUUUCAUAUGUCACCAUUUAAAAACCUUUUUUCAAACUAUCAAGAGAUUGAUAAUGGUAUUGUGUCCAUGGCAAAUGAAAAGAAAUGCAAAAUUUUUGGAAUUGGAGAUAUGUGUCUUAAAUUUGACUCUGGAUCUAUUGUGAACUUAAAAAAUGUUAGACAUGUUCCUGAUUUGUCUUAUAAUUUGCUUUCUUGUGCAUCUCUUGAAAAUGAGGGUUUUGAGGGAAAAUGGGGGAAAGGUGUUAUGAAAAUAAUGAAGGGUUCAAUUGUUGUUUUCAAAGCUGAAAAGAAAAAUAAUUUGUAUGUGUGCAAAGCUGAACCUGUUUGUGAGCAUGCUAAUUCUGUGGUUGAUAAUUCUGUUCUAUAGCAUAAACGGUUGGGUCACAU